AUGAACACAGCAACUCCUCCGUGGCGUUCCGCUUCUACUGCCACCGCUUAUACUCCAGUCCAGGCGCGUCGUACUCUGACCCGCAACUCAUCCUCACAAGCAGCUUCGACAACAGCCACCGAGAUGCGUAAACGGGUCGAGUGGCCGGCCACGGUCCGGGACUACGUGCAGCGCAGCUUCGUCCCCGAACGCCAGAUCCCAGGGAUAACCCGCGCCGACAUGGAAGAGAAACUGAAGCAGAUCAUCACCGGAGCCGCGGAGACUAACCACCUGGGAGCCAUCGACUGGAAGACCCUCCCCUUGCCCCAGCAAAUCAUCCAGGACGAAAGGAACGCCGCCCUCGCCUCGGUGACGGACAUGCUGUCUAUCGGACCAGGCGGAAACGACAAGCCCUCGCCCAAGAGAAAGUCCGCUGAUAUCAGCACGGAACUCGACACCAGGUGUCAGUUUUCUGUCUCAGCAGCAACGAACGAGCCGCCGCCGUGGAGAACUGGUAAAUUCCACGACAGCGAGUCGGACAAGCGCAGACGACUGGAGAGCGACGGCAAGAUGGCAUCAAGCAGUAAGUUUAACAAUAAUCUAGAGAGCAGGAAACGACGGUUUGAAACUUCCUCUUCCCCUACCAAGUUCAAGUCCCCCUCAACCUACUCCCCGCACGACGACGGCUCUCAGACGCCUGAGGGACCGGUCAUCGGGCGCAGCCAGGCGCUGGAGAAGCGAUAUCUCCGCCUGACAGCCGCUCCUAACCCGGACAAUGUGCGUCCGCUGCCAGUGCUGAGGAAGACCCUCGACAUGCUGAAGAAGAAGUGGAAGCAAGAGAACAACUACGGCUACAUCUGCGACCAGUUCAAGUCGCUCAGACAGGAUCUGACGGUGCAGCACAUCAAGAACGAGUUCACCGUGCUCGUGUAUGAGAUCCACGCCCGCAUCGCGCUCGAGAAGGGCGACCUCGGUGAGUAUAACCAGUGCCAGACGCAGCUUCAAGGGUUAUACCCGAUGAAACUAGGCGGACAUCCCAUGGAGUUUAAAGCGUAUCGUAUUCUUUAUUUCAUCUACACCCGCAAUCGGACAGCGAUCAAUAGCGCCCUGUCAGAUCUAACCCCCGCAGAGAAAGCUGAUCCGGCCGUCAGCCAUGCCCUCGAGGUCCGCUCUGCCCUGGCCCUCGGCAACUACCACCGUUUCUUCCAGCUCUACCUCGACACCCCGAACAUGGGAGCGUAUCUUAUGGAUAUGUUCGUCGAGCGCGAGCGUCUCUCCGCCCUUGCCUGCAUCUGUAAAGCGUAUAAACCUGAGGUGAAUAUAAGAUUUAUUACGGAGGAACUGGGCUUCGAGUCUGACGAGCAGAGCGCGCGGUUCGUCCUGGACCAUGUUGCAGAGCACCUGCUGCAAGAGAGGGCCGACGGCGUCAAGCUUCUCACCGGAAAAUGCGGUCUCGCUUUCGAGCAGGCCAAGAACGAUGCCCACAGAGUCAUUGACAUCAAGGGCCAGAUAUAA